AUGAGAAUGUCCUUGGCUCAGAGAGUACUACUACUCACCUGGCUUUUCACAUUACUCUUCUUGAUCAUGUUGGUGUCGAAACUGGACGAGAAGGCACCUUGGAACUGGUUCCUCAUGUUUAUUCCAGUCUGGAUAUUUGAUACUAUCCUUCUUGUCAUGCUGAUUGUGAAAAUGGCUGGGCGAUGUAAGUCUGGCUUUGACCCUCGACGUGGAUCACACAAUAUGAAAAAAAAAGCCUGGUACCUCAUCGCAAUGUUACUUAAAUUAGCCCUCUGCCUUGCACUCUGUGCUAAACUGGAGCAGUUUACUACCAUGAAUCUGUCCUAUGUCUUCAUUCCUUUAUGGGCCUUCCUGGCUGGGGCUUUGAUAGAGCUUGGAUAUAACGUCUUUUUUGUGAGAGACUGA